CCAGGAUUGCCGAUUAUUCACAUUGAUGCCAACGACUUUCUGCAUCCAAGAUGGCGCAGCGCAGAUCGGCCACCGCAGCAGGCAGCACUGACGGAACACCGCCGUGUGUCAAGAAGAAAGAAGGCCGAUUGUACGCCGGGAGCCUUGACAAUGAGGAGUACGACGCCUUCAAGAAGUGGCUCAAGAAGCAGCGCAAGGAAAACUCCAGGACGCUGACGGUGGACGCAAAGCUGGACAUCGUCGCCGUGCAGGCGUACUUUCGCCAUGAGAAGUUUGUCCACGCGAACAAGUCAGGGAGGCCCAAGCAGUAUCGGUUCACGGCACUCGCAAAGAACGUCCUUCAGCGCAGCACAGACGUCUGUCAACAAGCAUGGAAGGACUACGAGCGCGCGCAAGCGGUGUCAGUCGCAGACAACGACGGGCCACGCGGGACCAAGACGACGAAGUUCAAGCGCACUGAGGCAUUGCGUGUGAAGCUGCAGAACUGGUUGUACGAGCGCACUGUCAAGGGCAACCGAACUGUGGCAAAGGACGUGCUCGGCUUCUUCUGCUCCUCCGGUGUGCUGCCGAUGUACUCUGAUCCCACUUCGAAAGCGAACGCCCUGAGAGCUGUGCAACGAUACCUGGAGUCACUUGGCUACGAGAGAGGUCAGCGAGGCGGUUGCACCACCUACAUGGAGAAGGAGGAGGUGCUGAUCAAACGAGACGCGUACAUCACCCAGAUGAUCAAGGCCCGACAGCAGCGGCGACGCAUUGUCUACCUCGACGAGAGCUACAUACACCACCACUACCGCCGGCAUGAUGAGUCGCUGUACGACCCCGGUGAUAACCGCCUGCUCCCCAAGCAAAAGCACAAAGGCCGGCGCUUCUGUUUCAUCGCGGCAAUCAUCUCAAGCGACCCUGCAGUACCAGAAGCAGAGCGAUCCGAGGAACAUCGUGCACAGCUGUUACCCGAGACGCUGGACAUCUUUGAGGGGGGCAAGAAGCAGAGUGGCAAGGCGCAGACCAAAGACUACCAUGGCAUGUUUGACAGUGCAUACUUUGAGCGCUGGAUGCAGACGCUGCUCGCCACGCUCGACGCCCGUGGCAUCAAAAACACCAUCAUUGUCAUGGACAACGCCAAAGUACCACAAGUCACUCCCAGCGGACACGCCCAAGCAAUCAUGGAAGAAGGCAGCCAUGGUCGAGGCCUGCACGGCGCGCGGCCUGCCAGUAUCCGACACCGACACUCGGGCCUUGCUGUGGGCCAGGCUUCGCGAACACAUUGCGCAGACAGUCAAGCCCGUCGUCGUGCAAAUGGCAGAGGACGCUGGGCACGAGGUGCUGUGGACACCGCCGCAUUACUCCGACCUUCAGCCCAUCGAGAUUGUUUGGGCAAACGUGAAAGGAGACGUUGGUCGACAGUACAACUACGACACAACGUUCAAGGACGUGCGCCAGCGGUUGGACGAGGCGUUUGCAACCCUGACACCGAAGACAGUUGAGGGAUGCAUUGCAAAAGCAGAUGCUCGGCUGGAUGAGCUUUACAGGCAGAUCACGAGCCUCGAUGAGGUGGAUGAGGAGGCAAUCGAUGAUGGGGUGUUCGAUGACGGGCAGCGUGAUGAUGAUGAUGAGAAUAUGGAAGAGGUCGAUGUUGUGAACGAGGACAAAGACAAGGACAGUGACGAGGACAGUGACGAGGACGACGAUGAGGGUGAACAUGAAGACGAGGAUUAGUGUGAGUGGUUUGCCUGUUGUGUGGUUCAUUGUGUCUUGGUGGGUGGAUGUGGGGUGGGGUGCCGUAGUCAAUUGUGCUGAGGAAAAGGGUGUUUUUAGCGUGUUCUCUGUGGUCGAGAACGGCGAAAUAAAUCGUCAAACACG